AUGGAUCGAUGUGUUGGCAAACUCCCAAAAGAGAUUUUGGAAUGUACUGCCUCCAAUUUAGGAUGCAGUAUUACUGAUGAGAAGCUUGCAAUUCAUUUAGAUCAAGAAGAUGAACUGCAACAUCUUCGAGACCAGUUCCAUAUUCCCAAAAGUAAAGACCUGCCUUCCAUUGACCCAGCUUUGAUAAAGCCGGAAGAAGAAUGUGUUUACUUAUGCGGACACUCGCUUGGACUGCAACCAAAGAAAACAAAGGGUUAUAUUAACGAAAUGCUUGAUGAUUGGGCCAGAAUAGGUGCUCACGGUCAUUUCCAUGGAUCUUAUCCUUGGGCGUUAGGCGAUGAAUGCUUUACUGAACGAAUGGCUAAUGUAGUUGGUGCUAAAAAAGAAGAAACUGCAUUGAUGAAUGGACUGAGCGUGAACUUGCAUCUCCUGCUGUUGUCUUUCUACAAACCAUCAUCAAGUAGACAUAAGAUUCUCAUGGAAGCGAGGGCAUUUCCUUCUGAUUAUUAUGCAGUGGAGUCUCAAAUCCGUCUUCAAGGUCGUGAUCCAAAGGAAAGCUUGCUUUUGCUGUCUCCUGCAGAGGGUGAAGAGAUCCUGCAAACAAAAGAUAUUUUAUCUACAAUAGAAAAGGAAGGUGACAGUAUUGCCGUGAUUCUCUUCAGCGGAGUACAAUAUUACACUGGACAGCUUUUUGACAUGCUUUCAAUAACAAGAACAGGGCAUGCGAAGGGGUGUUAUGUUGGUUUUGACCUUGCCCAUGCUGUUGGGAAUGUCGAACUGCAUCUACAUGACUGGAACGUGGACUUUGCCUGCUGGUGUAAUUACAAGUAUUUGAAUUCUGGUGCUGGAACUUUAGCAGGAGCAUAUAUACAUGAAAAACAUAAAUCUACCAUAAAGCCAAUGUUACUUGGUUGGUGGAGCCAUAACUUUAAAUCCAGAUUUCAGAUGGACAACAAAUUGGAUCUAAGUCCAGGGGUGAAUGGAUUUCGAAUAUCUAAUCCCCCAAUCUUAUUAGUUCGCUCAUUACAGGCUAGCCUCGAGAUCUACAAUCAAACUGACAAGAAAGCAUUGCGAAAAAAAUCUGUUCUACUUACUGGCUACUUGGAGUGUCUGAUCAAACAUUAUCACUUGAAAGAUCCAGAUAAUCCGCAGAAAUUGUACAUCGAUAUCAUUACUCCCUCAAAUAUUGAAGAACGCGGCUGCCAGCUGUCACUGUUGUUCUCAGACCACAUCAAAAAGAUCUUUCUAGAACUAAUGAAAAGAGGAGUUGUUGCUGACAUCCGGGAACCAAUUCUUCGUAUAGCCCCUGUACCUCUUUACAACUCAUUUUAUGAUGUGUACAGAUUUGUCAGCAAAUUGAAUGAAUCACUUAAUUCUGUAUCACGUGAACUCAAGGAUGGAAUGUAG